CAGGACCCCAGCCUGGUUUUCAUUUCUAGCGAUGGCACCGCGCUGUCUUGUGCACCGGCUCGGCGUGGUCGGGUACCGCCAAGCCUGGGCAUGGCAGCAGCAGCUGCUCAAGGAGCGCUUCCGCGCAGCCGAGGCGCCGAUGGACGUCUGUCUCAUGCUUCAGCACCCGCCCGUGUAUACGCUCGGGCGCGGCGCGUCGCUCGCCAACGUCAAGUUUGACCCGGCCAAGGAGACAGCGUUUGAGCUCAUCAAGGUCGACCGCGGAGGCGAGGUCACGCACCACGCGCCGGGCCAGCUCGUGGUCUAUCCGAUCUUCAACCUGACGCGCGACCCGUUCAAGAAGGAUUUGCACUGGUACCUCCGGCAGGUCGAAGAGGUGGUCAUUGAGACGCUGGGCGCCUUUGACAUAGCGGGCGAGCGCGUCGAUGGCCUCACGGGCGUGUGGGUGCCCGACGCGCGCCACGCCUUUCCGAAGAGCAAGAUCGCGGCCGUCGGUACGCAUGCGAGCAAGUGGAUCACGAUGCAUGGCUUCGCGCUCAACGUGACGACGGACCUCGCCGGCUUUGAGCGCAUCGUGCCCUGUGGCCUCGAGGACAAGGCGGUCUCUAGCAUCCAAGAGUUCCAUCCGACUGUUCGCAUGGUCGACGUCGAAGACGCCGUCCUCGCGGCCAUGCAGCGCGUCUUCCAGAUCGAGCUCGAGACGUCGACGGCGGCGCCAUACUAGGCCACCUUUUCCACCACUCGCAUCGCGCCCUGCCCCAUAGACGAAUUGGAUUGGUGAUAAUAGAGAACAUUUCCACCAAUCGGAGAGCUAUGACACGUCCGCGCGAAGACAAGGCCGCGAUCGACAGCGGAGGACGACGUGCAUUUUUCAGCCGCCAC